AUGCAUAAAAUGAGCUGUUUCAAGCAUGUGAAUGAACUAUGUGUAUCUUCCGGUACAACGGUGUACGCUCAUCGUCGGUAUCCAAGCCUUCUGAUUCAAACAUUUCGUGUCUACAAUCCUAUGGACUGGGAUAACACUGUCAAAAUUGAUAAAGGUAACCUAAGGAAUUGGACAGAACUUGUUUCGUUACGUUUUAUUCGACUUCAACAAAAAAGUGAAUUAAAGAAUCAUGCUACAGAAGAAGUCACAUAUCAAAUUGCUUGUGGAUUAAUACAUUUACCUAUAUCAGAUAAUUUUAAAACAAAUGAUUAUAAUCCAAUUAUAGCAAAAGUAUUAGUAGUUGUUGUAUAUGAGCCAGUAUUUCCAGAAAAUCUAACUGUUUUAUCUGGAUCAGCCCAGUCAUAUACUUUUAUUACUGGUAUCCGGAUAUCAGAUCAACCAAUAUUGAUUACAGAGCAUGAUUUAAUUCAAUUUAAAUCAGAUCUUGGUCAUUUGGCCAAAGAACGAACACGACUGGAAUCGUUAAUUUCAUCUGAAUUAAUGUUUGCCUUGAGUUAUCCAGAAAGUGAAUUACGUAAAGAGCAUACUGAUGCUUGGAAUUUCUUAUGGACAUCAGGAAUAACUAUUAGUCAUUCCUAUGCUCCUGGAGCUGUCAAUGCAAAAGAUAUCAAUACAACAUUAUAUUACAUUGCAUCAAAUAGUCCAGAUUUAUUAUCAACUCAAUCAUCAAUGAUGAAUAAUUCAACUAUAAAUGAGUAUAAAGUUCGAUAUAAAGAUUAUAAUCAGUGUUUUCGAGGGACGUAUACUUGUGGUGGUAUAACUUAG